AUGAUUACAGCUUCCCUUUGGACUCCGCCGCGCGCCCCCCACUUCAAAGUCAACUUUGAUGCCUCUGUAUCCACUAUUCACCGUGUUGUUGGGAUUGGUGUGGUUAUUCGUGACUGUGAGGGCCAGUUUAUUGCCGGCUUAUCCAGGAGAAUCCCAAUCCAAACUAGUGCAGACCUGGCAGAGGCUCUUGCUGCAAGGGAGGCGGUAUCGCUGGCUAGAACUUUGAUGAUUCCAAGCUUCAUACUUGAGGGGGACGCGUCCUCAGUGGUUAAGCAAAUUUGUAGCUCAGAUGAGAUUCUCUCUGACCUCGGCACUGUUAUAGAGGACAUCCGUCUUUCCUUGCUCAAUCUACCCAUUUUGAACGUGGUCUGGACUCCUAGAGAAGCAAAUAGGGUUGCGCAUAGUUUAGCACAGUUUGCUAGAUCUUCCAGUCUCUCUGAAUCUCUCUGGAACUUCCCCCGGCUUUUGCCAAACAGUUCAAAAUAA